UUGAACCUGUGGUUAAACCCAAGGCAACAAAGAGGGGGGGUGAGAAGAAUGGUGGCAAGUCAAGAAGGAAGAAAAACAAAGGGAAAAACAAGAAGAAGGGGACUCCCUGCGAAAUGGAAUACAAAAACUUUUGCAUCCAUGGAGAAUGCGUAUAUCUAGAGCACCUCCAGAUGGUGACCUGCAAGUGUCAUCAGGAUUUUUUUGGUGAGCGCUGUGGUGAACAGUUCAUGAAGACUCAAAGGAAGAAUGAUGUGGCAGACUACUCGAAGACUGUGUUGGUAGUGGUAGCUGUCCUGCUUUCAAGCAUCAGCUUCAUUACUGUACUUAUCAUUGUGAUAGUGCAGGUCAGGAAAAAGUGUCCUCGGUAUGAAGAGAAAGAAGAAAGGAAAAAACUCAGACAAGAAAACAGAAAUGGCCAUGUUGGUGUGUAA